UCCUGCGCCACUUCCAGCUCCGGGUUCUGUAUCACCAUCGCCCGUUUCGCCAUUUCAGCCGCCUGCUACAGAGGUGGAGAUGCAGGAGUUGGCAUACUCCUUGCCUCAACACGGUCUUCUGCACAGAUCUACGGCGAUUCGCGGGCUGAGGUUACGAUCACCUUCCCGGGGGUUUUUGCAGGAGGAGGUUGGACACCGUGCCACUCCGACGAACAUGGGGGGGGCAACCGUAGCGGAGGUGGAGGUGACAGCAGCGCUAGCGGUGGAGGCGGAGGUAGCAGUAGAGGAGGAGGAGGCACGAGUAGUGGCGAUGGGGGAGGAGGAGGUGCGAGUUGGAGUUGCUGUGGUGGGAGAGGAGGUGGAUGGUGUGGACGUCGAGGAGCGUCUCGUGCAGCAGUUUAUCACCGAGGAGGUCGAUCCAGUGGUGGGCGGUUUUACCCCUGGUGUGGCGAGGGGGCUGGGGAUGUCUCCUCCCACAGGGUAUGUGGAUUCGGAGAUGGGGACCUACUUCGACGUUAACCUGUCGAUGGGCGCUCCCCCUAGUUGCGGCGGGGCGGCAUCGGCUGGUCGAGCGCCUUCGAUGGACAAGGCAGCAGGCGAGACGGGUUCACAGGCGGUGGCAGCAGAGGCGGUAGAUGAGGUUGUGGAGGGUGGGCCACAGACAGUGGCUGAGGCUGUGGUUAGCAGGCCACAGACGGUGGACGAGGCUGUGGAGGCUGGACAGGGGCGAGACGGGGGGGCGGGUGACUCACGGGCCGUAGUUCAUGACACAGCGAUGGGUCAGGUUCUCCCGUUCUCGGGCAUGAAGUUGGCCGAGGCCCGACGGUCGAAGCCGACUGAGGUGGCAGUGCAUGAUGUGCCAUGUGUUGUUAUCAUGGACUUGGGGUCCGAGCCGUUGGUUGUGCGUCCACGUCCUAGACGACCGGCUACGCAGGAGGUUCAUCGUCCAUUGGAUGCAAAGGAGUUGGCGGCAGCCGCUGUGCUCGAUGUUACUCGAUUGAACCGACGGAUAUUUGACCAGAAACUAAACCAUCCACCGUGGCAGACGAUCCCUUCCAUUCCAUGGGCCCCUACAUCGCAAGUGUGGUCCGGGUCUACCUCCACCGGAGGACGCAACAGGGCAGAUGUUCCUGGGGCUGAUGGGGGCGUGCAGGAGAGAGCGCCAGGUGCGGGAGACAUGCCACCCCCUCCUCCUAGACCACGUGUGGGUGAUCCGGUGUCGUUGCCGACAGGCCCAGGCUCUCGAUCCCCUCACACGCCCGGGCGAUUGAGGAUUCGUGGCACGACAACGGUUCAAUGGGAUGUGUGCGACACGACGCUAUUUGGGAGGACGAACAUAGAUUUGAAUUCCACCCAUCGUGUCACUGAGCUCACGGCACGCCUUCAGCCGGGUUUGGGAGCCCGGGGCGUCAGGAGGACUGGAGCGAGGGAGGUUUCAACUUCAGGUUAUGAGCCACAGCGAGGUCGUGGCAGAGGAGUGUCUACAGAGACCUUGGGUGAUGCUUUGAGAGCUGGGACGCGUGAUACGGUCGCACAGGCUAGUGCGAGCGUUGUUGUGUUGAGGAAGGGAGGCGACCUUGUCACCAUCGAGGAGGAUGAUCCUGAGACGACACCGGCAGCACGGGAGAAUGAUGAGGACUAUGAGGGUGAGGAGGAGGGUGAGGAGGAGGAGAGUGAGAGCGGGAACAACGGUAACGACGACGACGACGAGGAUGAGCCCCUAACCCCCCCACCGACGCGCGCUUUGAAACGUGUUGCACAUACGUCUCCACCCACACGAGGGAAGAGGAGACAAACAUCCAGCCGUCGACGGGGCAUGAGCAGGCAGAGCGGGAAGGGGAAGAGAGGGGUCGGUGACUUCGUUUUCCCGCACCUGCACGCGACUUCGUCACAUUCUGCCAUCCAGGGUUUUUGGUCGUCUUGUAUUGUCAGCCUGUCAGGUGGUCACUUGUAGUGUGCGUGCUGUAGUUGUUGUUGUUUUCUUCUUUUUUGUGUGUCUUAUUCUGGUAUGAGUAGGGCUUCUGUACAGUAUUACAGC